CAGGUGAAAGGGAUGAGCCUGAUGACGCCUCCCUCACUCCUCAGGGAUUCUAGCAGAUCUAUGUUCAUCUGAAUGGUUCCGGGCUUCUCUCAGAUCUAUGGAGGUCACAGACAGUAACGUGAUUCGUUUCCACCUGCAGGUUCUUCAUGGGAUCACCGUGAAGAGCUUGGAGAAGAGGAAGGAGAGGCUGUUCAUCGGUGGCCUCAAGAUCUUUGGUGUUCCUCUGGAGAAUUUACCCAGGAGAUACAUCCCUGAGUUUGGACUCGUGCCCUGUUUUUUGGUGGAUGCUGGCUCGUUUCUUCUGGACCGAGCUGGGACUGUGGGUCUGUUCAGGAAACCAGGCUCUCUUCCUCGCAUCAAGACGCUCAGAGCCAAGCUGAACCGAGGGGAGGGCUGUCUUUCCACCGCGCUCCCCUACGACGUGGCCACGCUCAUCAAACAGUUCUGCAGGGAGCUGCCGGAGCCUCUGUUUCCCCCUGAGCUCCACGCCGCUCUGCUCAAGGCCCAGUCGCUGUCCAACGCGCAGGACAGGACGUCCGCCCUCCAGCUGCUGUCCUGUCUGCUCCCUGCCAGAAACUCCUCCUGUCUGCAUUUCCUCUUCAACUUCCUCUCUGGAGUGUCCCAGAGAUGCACCGAGAACUUGAUGACCAGCUCCAACAUCGCCACAGUCUUUGUCCCGUGUCUUUUACCUCCUCCCAACAAGACUGAGAUGUCCGAAAGUCGACUGGAGCUACGAGUUCUCGUCCUGCGCACCUUCAUUGAAAAUCCUCACUUGUUCGGUGUGAUUCCUAAGGUUGUAAUGGACAGUACGGAAUUCCUGAUGAACUUCCAUUUUCCCAAACAUGCUCAUCCAAAGAAAGGACCAAGAAAGAGACAUAGUUUAAAAGUGAUGCAGUCUGUGAAGGGGAGGUCAAAGGUCACGGCUGCUGUCUCUGAGCAGAGCCAAGAUUCGACACCAGAGGGCAGACCGACCCUCAGGAGAAGCCUCGGGUUGGAGACUUUCCCCAACGUCCAGCUGUUCCGGACGUGUCUGCCCUGCACAGAACAAGGUUUCAAACCUGCGACAGAUGUUUCCAGGCCCAUGAGCGACGAGGCGUGUAAGAUGCGGCAGGAGAGACGAAGAAGCGACCUGCGUCUGGGUCACUUCUCCUGCAGGCUGACCAGAGGCCUGGCUGCAGACAGCUGGCCUGUGCUCACCGGUGUGGGGAAGCUGCAGCUCACACCCUGGAGACGACGCUCUUCACUCUGACGUGUAUGUCAAGUACUAAGGAGCGGCCAUGUUGGUUCUAUCUCUGACGGGGCAGCUUUUAUUCAGAAGCUCCAGUCACUUAAACUGUAUUUUAAUAUUUUACCUUUUAAAUCAUUUAUGUAUCUGGCUAUUUAUUUCACAACAGACUCUUUGUAUGGCUAGAUAUUCGCCAUACUUUUAAAUAUAUAUGAAGAAGUGAAUAAAUAUUUUUUCAAAUGCG